GAUCAACGUCUGCUCCGUCCGAGACUCCGGGAAAUGGCCUUGAGUCUAGCAACAAGCAGCAGCACCACCACCACCUUGGACGCCUCGCGCCUCACGUCCCCUUUCCGUGGAUCGCCCGUCCUCCCCGAUGGCACUUGCAAAGGCAUCGUCCUGAGCCAGAGGGGAGCAAUGAUCAGCACCUUUGUGGACUGUCAGUAUCAUUUGGCCAUUAUUGAUGGCAGCCUUGGGAACUCUGGCGCACUCAACGCCUCACCAGCAGGUCCUCUGCCACCACUCACCCACCUCCGCUCGGCCCAUCGGCGUUUUGCCGCGAGAUUCCGGAGAGCCGCCGUGAGGAAGAAGCGCAAGGGAAUAUAAGUAGAAUACCCGAAGUCGUGUCUGCUCGAUCGACCCCCUUUUCCGACUGGUUGUCAAUCAUCAUCAGCAUUACAAUAUGGCCAACUCGUCCUCCCCAUCGUCCUCUUCUUCGUCCGCUCCUCAACACAUCGUCGUUGGAGCCGGCGUCUUCGGCACGUCCACGGCUCUGGCCGCGGUGCAGGCGGGGCACGGAGUCACAGUACUGGAUCGAAGUAGCGAUGGCUUCGUGGCACCUGAUGGUGCAUCCUCCGACCUGAAUAAGAUCAUCCGAGCUGAUUAUUCCGACCCCUUCUACCGUGUCCUGGGCAAGGGGGCCAUUUCGGAAUGGCGCACCAACCCCCUCUACUCUCCCUAUUACCACGAGGAUGGAGUCUUCUUCUACUCUGGUCAAGAUGGAGACCCAACUGCUGCAGAAUUCAUGAAGCAAGGCGUGCACAAUGCCGCCAUUGCCUCUGAUGUCCACUUUGAGCGAAUGGCAGUUGGAGUGCAAUUGCCGAAAGUGGCUCACCUCCUGGCAAGCGAGGAAGAAGGCAAGGCGUGCUUUCCUCCUUCACUAAGGAAUCGCGUGGGCGGCUUUAUGAGCAAAAUGGGAACGGGAGCUACUUCGGGCUACUGCAACCCUCGCGGAGGCUGGGCAGAGGCUAGGAAUGCUACCGUCGCUGCUUUGCAGGAGGCUCAGAGGCUGGGUGCUCAGCUGGUAGGAAAUGCAGAAGUCUCAUCUUUGAUCAGACAGGACAGCAAGGUAGUCGGUGUCAAGACCUCGGACGGUCGCAGUUUCACCACCCGCAACGGCGGAGCAGUCAUCAUCUGCGCAGGAUCGUGGACCACGGAUCUCCUCCUGAACAGUCUUCUCCCCCCGACCCUUGGCAAAGCAUUGGGAGAACCAGCAUCCACUUCUGGACAGACAGUCAUCACUGUCAAGCUGGGAGAAGAAGACCGGCUGGCUCACAAGGGCGCUCCGGUCACCUUUAACAUCCAGACUGGCUUCUACACUUUUGCUCCUGACGCCUCUGGAGUGCUCAAGGCGGCAAUCCAUGGACCAGGCUACAGCUACCCAGCGCCUCCCUGCGGAGUCGUCGGCGAAGCCUGUGCCUACCCUUCCUUCAGCAGCUCCUCUUCCGCCCCCUCAACCUCCACCGCUCCCUCGCCCAAGGGAAUCCUCGGUGGCCGCGCCAUGCCCUUCCAACCCACGAUCCAGACUGGCAAAGAGGAGCGUGUGCCAGAGGGAAAAGACCGCGAGAUGCUACAACAACUCUUGGAAGUGUAUCCUGGUCUGGAAAAGUACAAGGAGACAUUGCAGACGAGAAUUUGCUGGUACUCGGACACGGAGGAUGAGAAUUGGAUCAUAGACGGCGUUCCAGGCCAGCACCCGGGGGAGAAGGUGGAGAACUUGUUCAUCGCUACGGGAGAUAGUGGUCAUGGCUUCAAAUUCCUGCCAACCAUCGGCAAGUUCAUCCUCGGCCGUCUCCCCUCCUCACAGCGUCCCGCCUCCAUCCCCGCCCUGACUGAAGAGCAGUCACGCUUCUGGUCAUUGGAGCACCAUCGUCGUCUCAAGAAAGAGGUGGCUGCUGCUGCCGCAAAGGUGCGAAAGGAGAUAGGGGACGCAGCUACGAACAAUUUGAGAGGCCGGUUGUGAGCUCAAUAGAUAGAUGGAUGGGCGCAGAGGGAGCGGUCGUUGCGUAGCAUCAGGACCACGAAGAAAUUGAGACGUAGAAAUCUCUGGAGCUGUGCAUUGCACUGGCUCAAGUGACGUGUAGCAUUUGCCUCGGCGACCACAUUGGACGAAUUGCAUAUCCCAUCACCUCUGUCCUCCUCGUCCCGUCUCGUCCGUCUGAAAGACUGUCUGCUUACGACCUCCCAAGGUGCUCAGGUAGUCCCUGAUCCACCGAUCGCGCGCCUCCCCCUCGUGUCUCCAAGCGCGAUAGCGCUGAUCAUUGCGUAAGAUGGAAUGAAUCUCCUCUAU